CGAUUCAUUUACCUUUCCGUCACCAAGCAGUACUGUGGGGGCUAUAGUGUCUACAGGGGGGGGGCAUGUACACACCAUCCGGCGCAAAUGAGAGCCAGAACUCGGCUGCCAACACGAACUCCACGCACGCGCGAUUCCGCGGACUGACUGAGGCCGUGCAGAAGCAGGAACAAAAAGACUGGAGGAGGAUCUCCAACGUCAUCGCAGACAAGUGGUACAAACUGGCCAAGGGAGACUCUGUGGAGAAGCGGAAGAUGAGAGAAGAAAAGAUACUCGCAGUACAGGAGAACGUGGAGAAC